GAAGUGGCUCGCCCACAUACAAGAAGACGAGCAAGAACGCCUGAAGCCGGUCACUGCUGCUCAUCCCUUCUUCCUCCCCACCCCGUCACCGUCCUCCAGGAAGUGGCUUGCCCACAUACAAGAAGACGAGCAAGAACGCCUGACACCAGUGAUUGAGGCUCUCAGCACACGCUAUCUAGGCCCUGACUUCUCCCAGCCUGGCGAGACUGCUGAGGUGUCGCUCCGUGAUUUGGACGUUGUGGCGCGGCAGUCUUUUCCGCUCUGCAUGCGACACCUCUUCUUCAAGUUGCGGGAGGAGCACCAUUUGCGGCACGGGGGCAGAAUGCAGCUAGGGCUGUUUCUUAAGGGCAUCGGGCUGAGAUUGGAGGAUGCACUCACAUUCUGGCGCUCUGAGUUCUCCAGAAAGAUGGGUGCGGAGCGGUUUGACAAGGAGUAUGCGUAUUCGAUCCGGCACAACUACGGCAAGGAGGGCAAGCGAACGGACUACACUCCCUUCUCCUGUGUGAAGGUCAUCAUGAGUACACCUGGGGUGGGAGAUCACCACGGCUGCCCCUUCAAGCACUUCAGCGAGGACAACUUGAGAGCUGCCCUUUCUCGCAUGGGGGUGUCGUCAGGAGCAGCCAUGGAUGAGAUCAUGCAGAAGACACGGCAGCAGCACUACCAGAUUUCCUGUGCUUUGACAUUUGAAGCAUCGCAAGAAGGGCUCGCCAUCAUGGGGAAGGCGGAAAUUAUAUCGAACGUUUUGUUAGCUGGUCUAUUCGUGGCUCCGCUCUUCGUGAAAAUCAACCCCAACUUAAAUGUUGUCGCCAUGGCUUCGCUAACCGUAUUCGCUGGCUGUUACCGAUCCGUCAAGCCGGCCGCUCCAGCUGAAACGAUGUCGAAGGAGCACGCCAUGCGGUUCCCCAUCAUCGGCAGCUGCGUGCUCUUCUCGCUCUUCCUGCUCUUCAAGUUCCUCCCCAAGGACCUCGUCAACAUGGUGCUCAGCGCCUACUUCGUCUUCCUGGGAGUCAUGGCCAUCGGGGCCACAAUUCUUCCCCUUGUGUCGCGAUUUGUUCCUGCGAAGUGGAACGAGGAUAUUUUCUACUGGAAAGCACCCUACUUUAAAGAUUUCGAGAUAGAGCUGACGAUGGCGCAGGUGGUGGCGGGCAUUCCAAGCUCGGCGUUCUGCGUGUGGUACGUCACGCGCAAGCACUGGUUCGCCAACAACGCCCUCGGCCUCGCGUUCUCCCUGCAAGGAAUUGAGAUGCUCUCCCUCGGCUCCUUCAAGAUCGGUGCUAUCCUGCUGACUGGUCUUUUCUUCUACGAUAUCUUCUGGGUCUUCUUCACGCCAGUUAUGGUUUCUGUCGCCAAGUCAUUUGACGCACCCAUCAAGCUGCUGUUUCCAACUGGUGACCUCGCAAGGCCUUUCUCCUUGUUGGGUCUGGGCGACAUUGUUAUCCCUGGCAUCUUUGUGGCACUCGCUCUAAGAUACGAAGAAGCGAAGGCGAAGGGUCUGGUGGACUACGAGCGAGAGCUGGAGGGCAUUCUGGAGAAGCUGAUCGUGGAGUGCGAUCGCAAGAUCCAACGGUCGUUCAAGCGCCUGGAGGACGAGGAGGGCGCGGCUGCGCUGAACGCCGUUAAAGUGUCCGAAGUCACUGAUUCACCGGAGUCCAUAGAGCUGACAAAGAAGAUCUAUCAGAAGAUGGCAGAGGUCGAUCAGCUGGAGAUGGAGAACAGGAUGGACGACAAGAUUCGGGCCACGGAGGAACUGGAGAAGCUCAAGCAGGAGCGAGCAGACAAGCAGGCCGCAUCCAUUCUCGACGCGUUCAACAAGGAUCGUCUCUCCGGCCCGCCUGCCCCCGGAGGGCCGGCGGUGGCAGCACCUGUGCUGAGCCAGCCGGACAGCAAGACGCAGGAAAUGAUAAAAGAGAAGCUAAGGCGCGCGGAGCAAGCCGGAGAGGAGGGGCGGGUGGACGAGGCUCAGAAGCUCAUGGAAGAGGCAGAUGCUCUCAAGAAGCUCGCCAUGGCUCCAAAGCCAGACCCCAUUGCAAGCCUCGGCUUUCAGAUCGCGGAUCAGAAGCUCCGGGUGUGUGACAUCUGUGGGGCGUUUCUCAGUAUCUUUGACAGAGUUCAGCGUGUCGAGUGGUGUCUACUCAAAACUGCUCAACACUAA